AUGGUGCUGCAUGAGGAGGACUCGGAUGAUCUGCUCCCUCGUAUCUUUCGACGUUGUCAUGGAGCCACAGGUCCGUCAAAGCGUCACUCUCAAUCUACAAAAGAGCGACGAUACAGCAACGGGCUCCAGACGCUGGCUGUGACCAAUUUGCACGAGUUGAGUCGAGAAUUAGUCGCUACAGAGCAAGCUCUACACCCCAAUAAACCAGAAUUUAUCAAGUCACCACGUCUGAAUAACCAACCGAUGCUGUGUCCGGCAUUAGGCGAGCUCGAGGAGACUUUUCGAGAACUUCAUGAUCUUUACGAACGAAGUGGCAAAUAUCUGCUUACGUUACGGGAAAAAGAGUACGAGGCUUUACUCACUCAAGUUGCAGUGAGAACUCUGGCUCAAGCCUGUUUAACUACUGAAAAUGGAGAUCUCGACGCAUCAGGAGUGAGAGUCAAGCUACUCGAGGUGGCAGUACGCUCCUUACCUCCAUGGCGACGUCUGGCGCUCACCUUGUUCCUGAAUACAAGUCUAACCUCUCUUACAGCACUUCUCUCAACACAAGAAGACCCAUCAACCAUCCGAGCGCAACAUUUGGAGAUGAAUUUGUUCAAACUACUUCGAGAAAUGUUGGCCAAGGCCGUGGUGGUUUCGUCAUCUCUAACUUCCGAGUCUAGUGUCAAUUUUCAUCGUGGAAAUGACUGGGUCGACCAAGCGGUUGGAUGUUUGGACUUUUUCGUUAAGAAACCGAAUGGAAAAUAUUCCUCCGAUCGCUUGAGGUCACUUGAUGAGCACACCCUUCUGUUUCUCGUAGCUGAAGCGAGCAACCGUGACCUUGUUAACUCCAAUCUUCAACUGAAGGCGAUGGAACUGGUUGUAGCGACGAUGUACGCGCUCAAAGUCACUGGUAGAUCGGACAAUAAAGAUCACACGGUGUGGAACUGUGGAUUGCCAGUUGCAGCAGUCGAGCAGUACAUUAGUCUGGAGUUACUACUCUACCACUUUUACACCUCUCCCGUCGCUCGAUUACAGCGCUUAUCAUGUAUGGUGCUCGUGGAUUUAGUCUGUGAGCAGGUUCGAUGCACCGGAAGUCGUGAAGGCAUCAGCAACGCGGGGCUUGAUCAAAUUUGGAGGGCAUUUGUAGAAUGGGAGGAUCCGGCGGUGGGUAUGAGGCAGACUCUGUUAUCGCCGUACGUUUCGAGCUCCCGGGUAGCCAAACAAUUGGUACCGAGUUGUCCGUUAGUACAGGAGAAACAGUUAAACGCAUUCGUUAACCAGUUUCGAUUGUUAACACAAGUUGACGCGUACUUUGGAGUGAAUCCGAAUCUCGAUAAAGCCGUUAAGGCGGUUAAGAGCCAAAGCAGCGCAAGUAUUUCUGAAGGGCUGCUCGAUCAAGUUUUGAAGCUUCUGCUGUCGAACCGAGCAGUGGAGCGCUUUCGAGGCGAGCGGUGGCUUGCAGAAUUGCUGACUUAUGGUCAGGACGACGACGGGUUCUCUUCGUAUGAUAGUAAAGCGACGACUGAAGGAUCAGUUCAUAAGCAGCAUGAAGUAGUUUUGGUUCGUCCGAGGCCUGCCGACAAUCCGGCUGGAGAGGAACUUGAAGACACAUUUUGUUACGACGAAGGAGGAGAGAUUAGUGUGGCUGCCCAAGCGAAGUUCUGGGAGUUGGCUGCUCCGACAAACGCGAUAGGACUCCGUGUAUCGUUUACGAGGGUGUUGGGGUUGUUUAUACGACGGAAACUACAGCACAGUGCAGGGAAGCCAGGCGCGUCGACUACUGAAGAGAUCAACACUUGUCUGAGUGUUCUUCUUGAUCACAAAGAGAGUGAGCCUGCGGUGCUGGUUCCAGUGAUGCUGUUGAUCCUGGACAUUUGUCAGUGUGAGCUGUCCUACAUUGAUAAACGAUGGAAGCAGCGUGACUCCACACUCUCCUCUAAUAACCAAAAAGAAGCAAUACUUGACCGCGUUGCUUGGUCGGACUCGGUGGCGUCUCGAGUGCUGAAUGGAGACGUAGCACUGGACAAGACGCUUCUUAGGCAGUUGGACGCUGAAUUUUUCCUACAUGUGUUGACGGUACUGCAUGGAAGAUCCGACACACACCAAGGGUUUGAAUGUCGUCGUAUCUGCUGUGGAGUGAACGAUUCAUUGGUCGGAGACGUUGCAGCGUGUACAGCAUUGGUUGUCUCCAACAUUCUUGCGGACAACGACGUUGCUGUCGACAAAGUGGGAGGUUUGGCAGUCUUGGCGCCGUUUUUGCAGUCGUGUGAUACUCGCAUCGCAGUGUUCAUGGCCAAACUCAUCGGUGAGUUAGUGAAGCAAAGCGACGAAACUCAAUACAGCGCGUUCCUCCGCGAGCUGUACGUCGCCUGCGUCGAAGCCGACGAUGAAAGCGCGCUGUACAACUCGUACCUACACACACAGACGCUGCUCCACAAUGUUGAAGUUGGUAUGUAGCCAUCUCUCUAAGAUCCCCUUUCAAACUCGAUAUCAUGCAAACUAGAGGGGACUGCAAACUGAAGUGUUUCGUUCGUAUCAUCAUACAAAAGUGCCUGUAUAAAACAG